GUAAUCUCCUCUGGUUGGACUGGUUAUGUAUGUAGGAUGAACAAUGCAUCACUUUCUUUAGCAGACAGAACCUGUUCUUUACGUCUGUCUCCCUUUUUGAAACAUAAACAAGCAGCAGCAGCAGAAGGGAGAUGAACAUUGACCUCCUUUCCCUAUAUUUCCCAACACUCCUGCUGGUUUAUCUGCUGCUCCACCCAAACUGAACCAGGAAGCAGAUCUGGAGCCUAAAGAGAAUUAGGGAAAAUCACUUUGCCUGUGGCAAAUAUGAAGAAAGUUCUGUUAUUUCUGCUGACUGCUUAUCUUUCAGGGCCUGUGCUUCUCUCUCUGUUCCCCUGGAUACUGAGCAAUGCCAUAUUUUCUCACCAAUUGAGGCUUCCAUACUUUGUGGAUCUCAGCAGACCUCAGGAUGUCCUCAACCACACUUGCAACUUCUAUCUCAGCACAGAGAAGGGCGUCUCAGUGGGAGUGUGGCACACGCUCCCUGUCAGCCAAUGGGACGCAGCCGUUGGGAAACAUCUCGACUGGUACCACGAGACACUGGGAGACGGGCGUCCUAUUGUCAUCUACCUCCAUGGAAACGUAGGGAGCAGGGCAAUAAGUCACAGAGUGAAGCUGGUGAAGGUUCUGAGUGCUGCAGGGUACCAUGUCUUAUCUUUAGACUACAGAGGAUUUGGAGAUUCCACUGGAGAUCCCAGUGAAGCUGGAUUGACCGCUGACGCCCUCUACCUGUAUCACUGGGCAAAGGCACAAAGCAAAGGGAGCCCGGUCUGUCUGUGGGGCCACUCUCUGGGCUCUGGAGUGGCAACCAACACUGCAGUGAAAAUACAAGAACAAGGGUCUGCUGUGGAUGCUGUAAUCCUGGAAGCUCCAUACACGAGAAUUGGAGAUGUUAUUGCAGAUAAUCUGCUUGUUAAGAUGUACACGUUGCUGCCAGGAGUUGAGAGCUUGCUCUGGAACUUAUUGGAAAAGAUAAACAUAUCAUUUGCCAAUGAUGAGAAUUUAAAGACCCUGAGCAGUCCACUUCUGAUCCUGCAUGCAGAGGACGAUAACAUCGUUCCCUACCGUAUGGGUCAGAAGCUGCACCAGAUAGCGCUGCAAGCCCGGAAGGAAUCCAACUCAGAAGCUCGAGUUCAGAUGAUCACCUACAGAGGAAACCUUGGACUGUCCCACAGCCACAUAUGCUUGGACCCCGAUUUGUCAGAUGUGGUGCAGACAUUUCUACAAACUUGAUGAAAGGACCAUCCUUCCUACAAAGUCAGAAAAAUGCAAGACAACCAAAAACAAAUAAAAACUUGCAUCACUUUG